CACGGUGAGUCUAGCAUUUGUGCUCGGAAACCCCCACAAUCUAAUCAAACCGACUCCGUCUCUGCCUCCGCUUACGCCUCUGCCUCCGCCUACAUAACCCAAGAACCCCAAGGCCCCAGGCACUCAAGCACCAAAACGUCACCCGUCCGGCUCCACCUGCGUCUCCCAACAUCUCGGCCAUGGACGAAGAUGAGGUGAUCAGUCCGGAGAUCUUGCAGCUCCUCAAAGAUCUAUCCACUUCCUACUCGAUGCUGCAGACGGAGAUGGAGGCAGACAAGUUGUUCCUCGAACCUGCAGAUCCCAGGGGCAGCAGAUCCAUCAUGAACUCUCCCCAAGAUGAUCUCGAUCAGGAAACAGCCAAAUCAUCAGCCACACCAUUAUUGGCCAAGAACACGGCAGAGAAGGAGAUGGCUGUCGAGGCCAAGAAUUUUGCUUUAUACCGUACGUACUGGGAAUCUGCAUGGCGCGAAACCUGCGGUUCCUUCGACGACAUGACGGCAUUGAGCUCCAUGCAAUUUACAUACUACACACCUGGAUGCAACCGAAGGAACGGCGCCGCCUCCACUCCUGUCACCUUGCAGAUAUUCUCCAUCAAGCUCGCGGAAAUAGCUGGUGGCCUCCAAUGGCCCUUGUCCGUCUAUGGUGUGAUCGCCGUCCGAGACGCCGUGGAUUACAACCGCAACUUCAUCUUCUCCUGUGAUAGGGACAAUUCUCAAGAACUAACUCAAAAUGAUCCUUUUUUGCGCUUGAUCGGCCCGUCUCGUGCUGUUGUAUAUAUUGAUAUGGUCUACUUUGAAAUCGAACUCAAAGUAAAAGGUAUAACCGAGUGUCAAGAUAAGCCAUUGAUCACAGAAGGGUGCGAUUACCACGAAUCCUAUGGUGAUGGUCUAUCUACCCUUUGCUUCAAGAAUUGUUUCUGCACAAUAGAGUUAUGCGUGCAGGUUGUUAGAAGGACGACCCAGGCCACUAUCUUGGGUGUCCAGGUCAGAGGUGGGCAAUGGCCUUUUGAAUAUGGUGCCCGAGUUACUUGCUCCGCACUACCUGGUAAAUGGGGCGUCACUGAUAAUCGACUCACUUGUGUUACAUAUCCCGCGUCUGGGGAAAUUGUGAUGGUUGAUUCAAAAGAUGGAGCAAUCCUGGAAGGUUGUGAUGGUUACCUACAUCUUCCAAGGAAUGUUAUUUCUGUAGAAACUGAAGGAAGGUUGGAUGUUGAGAUACAAGCCUACUCCAAAUCUGGUAAAAUUGCUGCACAGGCGCAUGUCAAGUUCCAGCCCAAAUUUAGCAAGAUAAGCCAAGGAAAGUGUUUCAUUCUUGGCACUAAGGUGGUGAUUACCGUCGCUUGGUCCCUUGUUGCUACGGAUAAGCGUAAAUUUAUGGCGCUAGGGAGAUUGGCUUGUGGCUGCUGAUAUCCAUGUGGGUUACUAGAGUUUGCUAGGACUAGUAAUAUUUCCAUAUGUGUUAGCCAUGUAAUCUGUCUAACUGUUGUAUACUGACUACAA